UACAAAUCAAAACGAUCAAAAUUAGCUGAAAUUUGUCCAUGUUACAGAUAUCUUAACACUGACAUUUGAUCAUUUUUUGGAACACUUUGAAGCCAUUGUUGAGAAUAUUAUGUUCUAGGAAACUCCUAAUUUGAUUAAGGCUGACUUAUUUCUUCCUCCUACAAACGGCCACAAAGUCAUCAUUAAAAUAACAAUUUUGAUUUGUCGAUUUUUAAAAAUUGUUCUAUUCUCCUGGCAACCAUGAAUAUUAUAAGAAUUAGCAACUAAAUAUUAAGGAAUGCUGCAAUCAGGUAGGCCUGCUAUAGUACCUGGCAGUAUGAAAAAUAAACUUGUCCUUUAAGAGAAUAUUUUGUGCAACCAAUCUGACAUAUGAAGUGGACCUUCUUUGACAUUAUGUGAAAAUAAAUUAGAUUCGCAGCUUACCAAAUCUCUCCUGACUGGGUGCAUGCUGGUCUGGGUACCAUAAUUCAGCUUUCACAACAGCCCAUUUUUAAGUGUCUCAGCCCUACAUAAGCAACUGAUUGUAAACAGCCCACUCCAAAGCUGAGGGAAAAAGAGAAGAAUGGAUUAAAAAAAAAAAAAAUUAGCCAAGCAGGUCUACGCAGGCUUUGCUUAGGGGUGCUGAACUUUAAAAACAUUUCCAUCGAAUCAUAUCAACCUAUUCCUGGAUAGGCAGACAUUUUUACCCUUUUCAUUUAUCUCUUUGCAUGUUGGAAGCAACAGCAGCCUGGUGAUGCUGUAAAUAAUUAAACAGGACCCUGACAGACAGCGUGUCCUCAAAUGAACCACACAAAGUAAUGCUAGCUCAGAUCGCGCUCCGCUCUCAUUCGGCUUUUAAAGGUUUCUGUCUCUUUUAAAGAACAAAGAAAACAAGAAGCCAUUUAUGUUGUUGUUUGCCAGUAUUACAAAUGCCACUGAUUGUAAUCAGAUGGUCUGUUUAAUCACGGAAGUAGCCUAUUGCUUUUUUUUGGGGGGUUUCUGAUAGACGGUGUUGUCAGCACAGACUAUUGGGACAGCUAAACUGAGUCAGAGAAUGAGUCCCACUUAUGUCUUCCAGAAGAAACCACAGCAGCUGAAAUCAGAGAAGAAUGAGAUUAUUCACAAGGGCCAACUACUCUGCACUGAGCUGGGCCGUUACUGCCAGCAACCUGUAGCUUGUCCAGCUCCUCUUUACCAGCCAAACAAACACAUACCAAGAACCACGUCAUCUGACCGUGACAUCAGUUGGAAGGGGAUGACUGAGCACAUUCAUAACAUCAACGUCCACAACUUCAGCAAUUCCGUCCUCAAGACCCUAAAUGAGCAGCGCAACCGCGGGCACUUCUGUGAUGUGACCAUUCGGAUCCAUGGGAGCAUGCUUCGAGCCCACCGCUGCGUGCUGGCAGCCGGGAGCCCCUUCUUCCAGGACAAGCUGCUCCUGGGCUACAGCGACAUCGAGAUCCCCUCCGUGGUCUCGGUGCAGUCCAUCCAAAAGCUGAUCGACUUCAUGUACAGCGGCCUGCUGCGGGUCUCCCAGUCCGAGGCCCUGCAGAUCCUGACCGCCGCCAGCAUCCUGCAGAUCAAGACCGCCAUCGAUGAGUGCACGCGCAUCGUCUCUCAGAACGUCGGCUCGAGCGGGGCCAGGGGGUUCCCACUCAACUCCGGGGAGACGGUGGAUCUUAAGGCCCGAGGGACCCCGGAGUCUGAUGAGUCCUGUCCCGGGAGCGACAUCGAGCCCAUCUACAUGCACAUCCACUCCAAACAGGGCCUGGAGCACAAGUCCCUCUUCUCCUCCUCCGGCCUCUCCCUGCAGAAUGGCUCCCAGGACCAGCCUUACUGCGGGGGGGGCAUCCCGGGCGACAACAGCCCCUCCCUCUCCCUCCAAAAAGAGCAGCACAGGCAGGACCCUAUCCAUGAGAGCACGCAGCAGCAGAUGGAGAGACUCCUCUGCAGCCCCGAGACCACCCACUGCCGAAAGCAGUCCCGGCCUGUGCGCAUCCAGACUGACAGCGUCGACGCCGUACAGGACGCGGACGAAGACUACGACUGUUUCGGAGAAGAGCCGAUGCAGGGCCUGGAGCACAAGGAGGAGGAGGAGCCGGUGGAUGUCACCGACCCGAUAGAGAGCGGGGAGAGCGAGCCCAAAGGUGAGAGCUUCGACUCGGGCAUGAGCUCGUCCAUCAGCACCGAGCCCGACUCCGUGGAGCAGCAGUUCGUGGUGGGCUUCGCCCGAGACGGGGGCGCGGACGGCGCGCAUGCAGAGGUGACAGAACUGCUCUGGGAGCACCCAGCGCAAACCGACAUGAAAGACUCCCCGGAGCAGACAGACGAUGGCGAAGACGGCGGCGUGCCCCAGAGCAACAUCAACGACAAGAUGGUGCUGCAGCAUCCCAUGAGCCCGGUCAUAUCCAAGCUGAUGCCCAACCCCCAGCAAUACCUGCGGCAGCCCGCCUCUCUCGCCAGCAACCUGCGGAUGCCCCUCACCAUGACCAGCAACACCCAGGUCAUCAGCACCACCGGAAACUCUUACCUGCCCACCCUCUUCGCGACGCAGUCGGCCGGAAGCACCAAGCCAGUGCUCUUCAGCCUGCCGCAGGCUCUGGGGGCCCAGCAGAACCAGUACGUGACCGUCCCUCCUCCCAGCAUCCCUCCAUACACCACCCAGCUGCUGACCCAGCAGGCUUCAGCACAGAAAACAGGCCAGGCUGGUGGAGCCACCGGACAGGGAGAGAAGAGGCCGUACGAGUGCCCCCUGUGCAGCAAGACCUUUACCGCUAAACAGAACUAUGUCAAGCACAUGUUUGUGCACACCGGUCAGAAACCACACCAGUGCAACAUCUGCUGGCGAUCUUUUUCCCUGAAGGAUUAUCUAAUAAAACACAUGGUGACGCACACGGGGGUGCGUGCCUACCAGUGCAGCAUCUGCAACAAGCGCUUCACCCAGAAGAGCUCCCUAAACGUCCACAUGCGCCUGCACCACAAAGAGAAGUCUUACGAGUGCUACGUCUGCAAGAAGAAGUUCUCCCACGAGACUCUGCUGGGGAGGCACAUGGCCCUGCACAAUGCAGAGAGUGGCGGGGGGGGCCCAGGAGGGGCCGCCGCCAUCAAGGCUGGGGGGCCCGUCCCAGUCCCCGUGGUGGUGGGAGCCCCUGAGGCCGGUCCCGGAGACGGGACAGGUAUAGGUAUGGAAAUUGCAGAGGCUCCUAUUACUGGCUGCUAAGAGUGGAUCACUGAGGUGUUCUUUGUUCGCCCAAUCAAAUUCAACCAAAUUGAGCAUUUCAGUGACCAUCUGCACAUGCAUGCCUCAGAUUGUAGGAAAGACCUCUUCAGAAGAGCAGAAAUGAAUAAAUAAGUAAAAAAGAGCACGAAGAGGUACACAUAUAGACACUGACACAUUAGGUUUUCCAGAAUUUUCUUUUGAGUGUUCUUAAAGAAGCAAAUUGAUGGUGGCCUUAAGGCUAUGUAGUCUGUAAUUGGUCCACAGGUUGGACCCUGAUUACUGGCCUCUAACUAUAUGUUUUCCUUUAUUGCUGAUUCAUAUGUCAAGCAUGACAUAAAGGGCCACUAUCUCCUGAAAUCUAACAGGCACAUAAACACACACAUGCUUGCGCUCACACUCAUGCGCACUUACAAGCAUGCACACACACAUAUGCACUCACAAACACGCACAAUCACUCACACACAUGUACUCAAAAACACACACACACAUACACAUACAAACAAACACGCACACAGAUGUCCACACACACACAAGCGCAUGCAUAGAAACACAAACAAGCACAUACUCAUGGACACAAUAUAAACUCACACAAAAACACACUAAAAGACACAUACAGAGGCUUUUGUUCAAAUAAGGAUCAUAACAAAAUAAACAGUUGAAAUACUAUAAACACAUUUAUUUAGAAGCAGUUGUUUACUUAGGAUACCCUAGCACUCUAAAAAAAAAAAAUAAGUAAUCAACUGUUUCUGUACAGAUAGUUAAUCUACAAAAAUGUACAGUUCUCUUAUAGACCGUGACGGACGCCAUAGAAGUCCAAGCUGUGGUAUAUAGUGGUACAAUAUAUGAGCCUUCUUUGUGAAAAUAAAAAAGUACCUGGUCUGUACUUUUGACUUUAAUCUAAAGAUAAUGUUGGUCAAAAGUUUACUUUUUAUACACUGAGUAAGAAAAGGAGAGUUAUCAGUACUCUGGGUUAUUAUUUAUUGUAGUAUUAUGUUAUUGAUGAGUACAAAUGAAGCUGUUGUUAGAUGCAAGCAAAUGUUCAAAAUUGUAUUGUAUUAAAUGUUACUUUUUUUGUCAUGCAUUUCGAUGGUUUAGGUGAAAUUCACAAUGUGGAAAGUUAUUUCAAACAAAUGCUUACACUGCCAAUAUUUACUUGGACUAAAACUAUUCAACCCCUCCAAUUUAAAAGAUUUAAGCAUAAUUUAUUACACAUAAAGUUCCUUUUUUGGAACAGUGUUUUGCACUAAAGAUAGUUUUAAGUCGUGGCAUCAUUUGACUUUGACGUUUGACUGUUUUGUUCUUGAUGUUAUUUUGAAUUCUGCAGCAGACAUAUCGGCAGUGGAUUCCAACCAGAGAUAUCUUCUUAAAUAAUUAUUCUUUCACUGUUUAUUCUGGAUUGGACCAGAUCAAGUAUUGUAAUGUUUUUGGUUUUUUUUUUUGUUCAAUUUUAAGAAAAAGAAAAAAAAAAACUCUAGUGGUUUUGUCCCGUGGUACCUCUGUUUCCUGUCAGCAAAAAUAUGACUCAUUUCUAUGUGUAGGUGGUUCAGACUAAAAUGUGUGCUUCUGCUGCGUUAGCCUCACCUAGUGGACCAAACUGGAUUCAGUUUCCCCAGCAUUAGAUACUGCCCUGAUAAUAAGGCAAAAAAAAGCCCAUGCUUAUUUUUACACAACAAUUAUGGUACAGGUAUUGUCUUACAUUCCCGACUCAUAUUAUACAUAGAUAGUGUGAAAGAUAAUUGAAAAUUCAAUAGUCCGCACUAUUCAAACCAUUUUUUUAAUGCUUCCUACAAAAUAAUUGCUCUGAUGAAGAUAAGAGUAAAACAGCCCCUUAGUCAUUAAACAAGAUGUCUCAUUGAAUUAAUUUGCACUAUUGUUUAACGCCAAUUUAAGCGGUUCUAAAUAAUUUCUAAAAAGUUUGUCACUUCAUCAUACCCCAAGAGGCAGAGACAAUCCGACCUGAAGAGACAGGAGUAUUGUACCCUGACGUCAGGAUUAUUUCCUUUCAUGUUUUUUAUGUGAUUUGCGUUCACAGGGUUUGCUUCUCAGCUACGCCAAGUAUAAUGGAGCUCCUGUUGUGACAUUACCGGUGCUCAGCGUAACACGCGUGUCUUUUGUACAGAGGCUUUGCCACUGGAAGUUAACAGCUGACUGAAACAUUCAUGUGUUCAUUGCACUGAAAUUUUAUUUUAAGUUAUCUUAAGAAAUAACAGCACUGAAAUCAAUUCAGGGUAGCUAAGCAUUCAAAAACGCUGACCUGCAAAAAUAAUAAUAUUUUACUAUAAAGAAGGCAUCAGUGGGGAUGACAGAAACAUCUCCUAAAAUUAAUGUUUUGUAAUCAUUGCUUAAAUUUUCUCUUUUGUGCUUUUUUUGGAUGCGAAGCAGGCGUUCCUUGAACACUUAUUGUAGGCAGUGUGAUUGGCAGAUUUUGUGUCAUGUCCAGAGAUGGCUUUAAAAUGAUUGCAGAUUGAAAUAUUUGUCAUUGGCAACACAGCCCUGAAUUUACAGUGGCCACUUAAUGAAAUAUCUUCAGUUUCUGAAGCUGGUAGCAUUUCUAAUUCACAAGAAAAGAGAAUUCAUCAAAUAUUUUAUUGGAAGCUUGAAUUAAUGUAUAUUGCUUUUCUUGGGUGCUACAUCAUUCUGAUAUAUUUUUGGCAUUGAUGGCAUUGUUUAUGUGCAUAUAGAUAUCACACAUAUUUGAGUAAUAUAAUGAGGAAGGCUUGGUGGAGAAUCAGACCCAGAAUAUUAAUAAUGCAUGUAAGAUACCUGUCUCACUGCUAAAUAUUUUUAAAUAAUUUUUUUAAAUUUUAAUUGUAGCAAUUUUUUUAGUGUUCAUAUUGUCUCUGCCUACCUGGGCCAACAUAUUGUUAGAUAAAAAUAAGUUUUAAUUUGUUCCAUGCACCGAAAUAAAAACUUCAGGCGAUCACACUUCAGUGCCUUAUCAAGUAGACUUCUCCUUAUAUACUUAUAUUUCCAGUUCCUGUAGCUACACACACAUACACAGAAAAAAAAAUUCACAAGCAUUUUACCAGGUAGUUUAACAGAUCAUUUGAUUAAAACGUAUUGGCCUACAUAGACAUCUGUAUCUGAGCAUUUGUGUGCAAAGAUGAGGUUAGUCAGUUCAGGAAACAGGGUGUGCCUCAUAUAAGUGAUAUUUUAAGUCCCUUUUCACAAAUCAUCUCUGUUGUUCCAGAUCAUUAAUAUAGGAAAUCAAUACCUUGAAUUCAGAGAUUUGGUCCACCUUAAUUCACCUUUCCAUAUUGAAUCAGCCCUCAAUCUGCUUGUGUGAUUCUUUUGUACUAAAGUAAUGGAAUUCGUACAAUUUUUUGGUGUAUUCUUAAUUUCUUUUGAGCUGAAGAAGAUAGCAGUGCUUUCUUGCAUACUUGUUGCACUGUUUAAACCAUAAGUGCACUAUUGUUACCAGAGUUGUUAUAGUUUUAGAGAACAAAUUUCAAAUAUUGAAUAAGGUUUAGAAUUCACAUUGUCUUGAAGAAUCUUUGUAAUUAAGUAUUGAAAUAUUUCUUAGCAUUUGCUCAAUCGUGCUACAGUAUGUAUUUAAUUGUGCAGUGUUUGUGCAAGCAUUCAUCAGUUGAGCAGGUAUUGGUGCUCUGACACUUUUGAGCCAAACAGAGUUUCUAUUAACCACAAUUCUAGGGAGUCUUCAGUUAGGAGAUCUAUCAGGAUGAAACUGCUAUGCCUUGCUUACUCAUGACAGAGAUUUUUAUUUCUUUUUUGCACAAUUAUAAAUAAAACACAAAACUGCAUGCAGGUAGAAUUGCUGACAACUAGUGCCUUUCUGUGAAAUCAAAAGUCUAGUUAUGGUAGUUUUUUUCCAGAUUUAUACAUAUGUAUGUGAUACUUAACUGAGCACAUUCUACUGGUUGGAAUGUCCAUGCUAUUCAGCCCCCCACCCCCAGAAAAAGAAAAAAAAAGUAUCAGCGUCAUUCUCUGCUCUUCAAAGACUCCCAGUUCAAGGCUGACUACAGAAAUGAAAAAUUAAUAAAUUAAUUUCCCUAGCUGAACCAGUCUUUACAACAGCUCAAGUAAUACCAAUUGGGCAGAAAAGACAGAAUUGCUUAAUUCACUGUUUAUUCCACUAAUACAAUACAUUACAAAUGUGCCUUCUGGAACUAAAGCGCAACAAGCUGUCCUGGUUUUUUUUAUUUUUAUUUUUUUUUUUUUUUUAAAUGAUGAACUUGGCCCAAAUCUAUGUUUAUGUACAAGCCUUUAAACUACUCUCCAGAAUAACACAAACAAAAAGAGGAAGAAGAGAAAAGGAUAAAAAAGCCUAUUACUUUUUAUUGGAUUAUUUCCUGUCUUUUAACUCCUUGAGUUUUUAAAUGUUGUGUUCACAAACCUGUAGUUUGUGCAUAAUUGUUUGUUGUAGGGGGGGAAAUGACAAAGCAAUUAGCAUUCCUGACCAUACACUGGCAUGUUCGUUUAAGCAGCAGUACACUGUACAUUGUUGCUACGGUGCGUGGAGGGAGUUUUUUAAGGGGAAGCAGCAUGCUCUGAGUUAUAUUUUAAAAACAUGCUGGUUUAAAAAACAUCAUUCCAACCAUUGAUCAUGACUGGUAUGGCUGACCCCUUUCAUCUUGGCAUCUAUUUCUAAUAACUAUCUAUAGAGUCAUAUUACUAAGCACAUAAUUAAAGAACUAGCAAGGAGGCACAGAAAAUCUGACUGGCAAGCUAGCUAGCUAAGUGGGCACUGAUGAUAACAAUAAAUAGAUGUCAUUAGUCUAGCAAUCUAGUAAUGUAGGCCUUUCUUGUUCAUGAGUGUCUACUGGGUUGUGGAUGCAGUAGUCUUGUAGUAUUAAGUGUGUACAUUUGUCAUCUUCAUCAAGUACCCAAAGACAACAGCACACAUCUAUGAGCCCAGAGUGUGUGGUUAUGGUCCUCUUAUCACUUUGUCUUUUGACUUUGCAUUCAUUUCCAAACAGCAUAGGGAUUUAGGCUGGGCCAGCUUUGCAAUGCAUCAACAAAUACUUUUUAAAUGGGAAAGCUGUAGCUAGCUAAACACAACAUGCUGUUCUAAUUAUCCUUUAUUUCUUUACUUUUUAAGCAAAACCCUAAAUAUAAAGGCUGUUAGCUAGUUACAGUUAACUGGAAAAGUAUCAUAAGCUAGCUAAGUAGCAAGCUAUUAACUGAAAUGUCGGUUUCAAGAACGAAACUGUUACAUUUGGGUAACUGUAACGCCAGAGCAUUCAUGAUUAAAUAUGACAUUGUGCAGACGAAACACUAGUGUUCCUUCCUUGAGAUCCCAGCAGUGUCUGGCAUUUUUUUUCAGUCAUGCAGGCAAUUCAGCAGUUUCUCUUGACCUUUGACCCCUCUCCGUAGCAACUCAUUCUAACGUGUGGUCAAGGUAGCUAGAUGUACCAAAUGAUAACAUUGCUAUUCAAACUAUACUCUUUUUUAGACACUAAUUGCCAUGGUAAUUCUGAUGUGCAAAUCUUCUGUGCUGAGCAACCCUGCUCACUCCCAAGGGUGCAUACUUUAUGUUUUUAGCUUUUAACACUGAUGAUCACAGUCAUCACAUUAAGUGGAACUGACCAAUGUUGCAGCUAGCAGUCCAUGAAGCCAAAGCUUUGGAUACCACAAAGCACUUGUCAUUGUCAAUUAUGCAUCAACUAUCAAAACAAGUCACUCCAUUUCAGUUAACCAACUCAGUAGCCAUUUUCACCACUAUUUACAAAAUUUACAAUCACAGAAAGGCUGAGGUAAAGCUGUUGGUCAUUAAUGGUUGAAUACUUUAUGGACUGUUGUUAUUGAUGUAAAUCGUCAUGUAGGAAUGUGGGAACACUGUUGGAUAGAAACAUUAAGCUUUAGUGAAAAAGCAUUACCCUAUCUAAGAACACUUUGCUGUACAUAAUCUUUGGAUUUCUUUGUUAAAAUGCCUUAGCUUGCAUCUAGCUGUAUGAUUUCUCCUGUGUAUUAAAAAAUAAUAAUUGAAAAAAUUACUUGAAGGAUUUUCCAGAGGUGGACUUGCUGGACAUUCAGAUGAAUGCACUGUAUUUGAGAGCAGCUUGGUCCCCACUGCAUGUCACUGAAAUAUAAUAAACAUUCCAAAUGACCAAGGACAAAACUUAAGGUUCUUAAGGUCCUUGCAAAAUGCCUAACAAAAUAUCACCAGGAAAUAAUUCCAGCAGCCCCACUUGGGGAACAUAUUGGGGACAAAUUAUUUUUUAUUUUUUUUCUAAAUAGACACUUUAAUUUAAACUGCUAUUAUUGCACCAAAUACAAUUUACACAAAGUGAAGACAGACUGUGGCAUGUAAAGAAGGAGAAAGGGAAGCUCCCGAUGCACUGUAACAGAUGAAGAAGCCUGGUAGCGUGACCCUUUCAGAUCUGCAUUUCUACUACUGAGUAAGCCAAUUGUGUGUAAUUAAUCAUUACACAAAUAUCUUCUCUAAUUGAUGUAAUGUAUUGAGAUACUAUUAAAUAAUAUAUGUUUUCACCUGGCCAUUUCUGUCAGCCUAUGUUUUAUUAAACACUUCUACCCAAUUUUGGUGGUUUUAUCAUCUUUGACGUUUGCUUGGCAAGUUCAUUUUUUUAUAUAUUCAAAAAGUACAAGUCAAAUAAUACAUUUUAAAAGUAUUUUAUUUGGCAUAUUUUUUGGGCUAUCCUGACCUCUAUUUUAUGAGCACAACAGAUUUCAGGGUGGGAUCUCCCUUAGAUUUAGAGAUGUUGCACUUUUGAUGAUGAUGAUGAUGAUGAUGAUGGAGGGUGGCGAUGAGAUGGCCAAUCAAAACAAUGCAACAAUUACACAAGGUAUUUUUUAAACGAUAUAUUUAUCCAUUAGAAAUGAAAAAUCAAAGCUUAAUACAAAUGUGAGUGCUUUAAAAAAGCUUUAAUUUGAAACCAUUUGUGGUUCAAAUGAUAGACCUGCAAAAAGGCAAAUGUAGCUGAAGAUAACUGCUUCAGUAAAUCACAUUUUUAAAAUGACCACAAUUGUCAUUGCUACCUCAGCUGUAGAAAUGCAUGUGGCAGCUUUCGAAAACAUCUCAAAGGGUCAUGCCAUAAUAGGUCUGUUUUCACCAAGAGCACACAGUCCAACUGAAUUGGGUCCAAGGCAAUACACUAAAACACUAAGACUAGUAUUUGCACACUAGUGUGUUAUCUGUGAAUUUGAUUGUUUCACCUUUGUGUACUUUGUUCUCCUUUUCUGAAAAAAAGCAAUUUCUUAUUCACCUGCUUGCACUAUGGUUUUCUAUUUAUUCUGUGUCAACUGUGCCCAACACAAUGUUAUUGUGCUUAUGUAUGUAUGUGAUGCCAAUAAAGCUUCUUUUGAUUUCA